GUUUGAUUCUCUGGUCUAUUUAACAAGGUCUUCUCUUGGGCAAGAUUGUGACUUGGAGUUUCUUAUUUCUGUUAAUAAAAAGCCAGAAGAGUGGAAAGAGAUGAGCUCAGUGAAACUCUGCUCUGUAAAGCUGAACGAUGGGUUCUUCAUGCCCAUGCUGGGAUUUGGCACCUCUGCUCCUAAUAAGGUUGCUAAGAGUGAGGUGGAAGAGGCUGUCAUGAGAGCAAUCGAUGUAGGCUACCGCCAUUUUGACUCUGCUUACUUGUAUCUAAAUGAAGAAUAGAUUGGGAGGGCCAUCCGGAAGAAGAUCGCUGAUGGCUCUGUGAAGAGAGAGGACAUAUUCUACACUUCAAAGGUGUGGGGAACCUUUUUACGUCCAGAAUUGGUUCGACAAUUCUUGGAAAUAUCGCUGAGGAAACUUCAGUUGAGCUAUGUGGAUCUUUAUCUUAUACAUAUCCCAAUACCUUUGAAGCCUGGGGAAGAGCUCUUCCCAAAGGACGAACACGGAGAACUCAUUUUCCACACAGUGGAUCUCUGUGCCACGUGGGAGGCCAUGGAGAAGUGUAAGGAUUCAGGGCUGGCCAAGUCCAUCGGGGUGUCCAACUUCAACCGCAAGCAGCUGGAGAGGAUCCUGGACAAGCCAGGCCUCAAGUACAAGCCCGUGUGCAACCAGGUGGAGUGUCACCCUUACCUCAACCAGAGCAAACUGCUGGAGUUCUGCAAGUCCCAGGACAUCGUCUUGACUGCGUACGCGGCCUUGGGGUCCAACUCAGGGAAGGAAUGGUUGAGCAAGAACAGCCCAGUUCCCCUGGAGGACCCAGUGCCCAGUGCCAUUGCUGCAAGGCGCAGGCGGACCCCAGCCCAGGUGGCCCUGGCCAAGAGCGUCAACGAGGAGAGAAUUCGGGAGAACUUCCAGGUUUUGGAUUUCCAGUUGACACCAGAGGACGUGGAAAGUCUAGACAGUCUAAACAGGAACAUUCGCUAUUUUGUAGAUCCUUUAUUUAGCCGUCAUCCGGAUUUCCCAUUUUCUGAUGAGUGUUAACAGCAAUGUCUGUGCUCCCUCCACAGAGUUCUUUGAUUUUGUUCGAUGAUUGGCACCCGGUUUAUCCCCUAUUGCUGCCUCGUCAACCACGGUGUGACUCCGCGGGUUAGGAAAUGAAAGUCUCUAAACCCAGUCUUUUCCCUCCAAAGUAAAUGAAAAUACGUUUCAAACAACCUAACCUA